AUCCAGUGUCUCUCUGGACUCUUAAAGACAUUGACCCAUCAGCGAGCUGCCAUGAAGACUGCUUUGGCUCUGCUUGUGUUCAUCUCUUUGGCCUUCGACAGUCGUGCUCUCAAAUGUCACACCUGCGUGGCGUCCAGUGAGGACGACUGCAACAGACAGGGUUCCACCGCCUGUCCCCAGUUUGCUGAUGCCUGCUCCACCAUCACAGGCCCGAACACCGUGAUGAAGUCAUGCACGUACAAGGCCUUCUGUGACAAGGCGCGCAGCAGCAGCUCUGGAGCCAAAAUGGAGUGUUGUUUUGGAGACAACUGCAACGGGCCCCACCGGAGCCACAGCCACGGGGAUCACCACCGCAACCGCGCAGGGGCCUUGGCCUCCAGCCCGAUUGUACUGAUCGGAGCCCUGCUGCUGAGGGCGGCCUCCAGUCAGCUCUGAACCCCAUACAUUUUCCUCCCCCCGCCAGUGAUUCACCGCCUCCUCCAGAUCUGUUCUGUUCUCUGUCCAAGUUGAAACAAAGGUCUGAGUUGCAGAGAGCUCCUGGUGGUUGAAUGGGUUGAAAACAAGAAACGUGGUGGUGCAUGAAAGGAGUGUGGCCUGGCCCACAGAUGCAGGCUGCAUCUCGGCAGCUUUUCCUUUAUUAUCACUGAAGAUGUAAAUAGUCUUUUAAUAGUGGUAUGAUGAGAUGAUGCAAGACCUUGUGUAAGUGAAGACCUCCUACUCGCAGCUCUGGUGUAGCCAGAAGGACUGGGUGUGGUUUUUGGUAGGUGCUGCAGUGCACAGCUUGCUUCACACCAUACAACCGCAUUACUCCUCUGUGUCAUCUCCAUGGUGAUAUUACAUUUUGGGCUUUUUUGCUUCUCCGAAUAAAUCAGUGACACCCCUCAUUUCUGUGUGCAUUUAAAU